AUGGCGGGACGCGACGAUGCUCCAACGCCCGAUCCAGCGGAGAAAGGGUUCGCCACUCUUGCUACACUCAGAAUCGGUGUGAAGGCUAUGGUCGAGAAGGAUGGUAGUCAUAGAAAAGCUGAGAUUCUGUCUAUGAGACAAAGAAAAGACACUCUUUAUGUCUAUGUACACUAUGUCGACUUCAACAAGCGUCUAGAUGAAUGGAUUCCGGCGACUCGUAUUGAUCUGUCGCAAGAGGUAGAAUGGCCCGCGCCAGAGAAACCAGAGAAGAAAAAGGCUCCAAGCAAAAGCGCAAGUCAGAAGCGUGCGCGAGCAGGUAGUCGCGAUGUCUCUUCGACGCCAGACCUACUCACUGGCAAGAAUUUGAAUAUUGGCAAGGCUGCUCGCCCUUCGAAGGCUGGAGGCAAAGAGAACCGUUCGGAAGAAACGCCGUUGAACCUGUCACUUACAGGUUCUGAAGCCGUAUCCAUAGAUGGCACGCCCAAGGGGGAUUCUGAAGAUGUCGACAUGGCCGAUGCUGUCGAUACAAAACUCGAACCUCAAGAAAAAAUGCUAGGCGAUAUGACCCGUGAAGAAGAAAUUGAAAAACUCCGAACCAGUGGAAGUAUGACUCAAAACCCGACGGAGAUCCAUCGUGUUCGAAAUUUGACUCGUCUCCAAAUGGGAAAACAUGAAAUGGAGCCGUGGUAUUUCUCACCAUAUCCAGAAUCCUUUCAAGACGCGGAUAUUGUCUAUAUUGAUGAGUUCUGUUUGAGCUACUUUGACAAUAAGCGGCAGUUUGAACGGCAUAGAUCAAAAUGCACCCUUGUUCACCCUCCUGGAAAUGAGAUAUAUCGUGACGAUCACAUCUCAUUCUUUGAAGUCGAUGGCCGUCGGCAGCGUACAUGGUGCCGAAACCUCUGCUUGCUGAGCAAGCUCUUCCUCGACCAUAAGACUCUCUACUACGACGUUGAUCCCUUCUUAUUCUAUUGCAUGUGUACGCGCGACGAAACGGGUUGCCAUCUCACCGGCUACUUUUCCAAAGAGAAAGAUUGUGCCGAAGGUUACAAUCUAGCUUGUAUCUUGACUCUACCGCAAUAUCAGCGUCGGGGCUUCGGUCGUCUCCUCAUCCAGUUCAGCUACGAGCUCAGCAAGCGAGAAGGCAAGCUCGGAUCUCCGGAGAAACCACUCAGUGAUCUUGGUCUCUUGAGUUAUCGUCAGUACUGGAGAGAGGUACUGGUGGAACUAUUGUUAGAAUCGGGUCGCGAGGCAAUCAGUGAGUUUGAGCUGGCGACUCUAACUUCGAUGACGGAGAAGGAUGUGCAUGAGACGCUACUCGUGCUUAAUAUGCUGCGGUAUCAUAAAGGAAACUGGAUCAUAGUCAUCCCCGACGCCAUCGUCGAACAACAUAAUAAAAGGUUAGAAAAGGAAAAAAUCAAAGGUGUCAAGAAAAUCGAUCCUGCGAAGUUACAAUGGAAACCGCCCGUAUUCACUGCUUCCAGCCGGACCUGGAAUUGGUAA